UGGGGGCGGGAGGCCGGAGCAGCUGUCAGGCUAAAGUCCAGCGAGCUCUGCUCUGCGGGACCGCGGAAGAAACCUGGCGCGGGGCCUGGAGAUGGUCCGCGGCGCCACGGGCUGGUGGUGUCUUGUGUUCUGGCUACCCGUGUAUGUCGCGGCCCACGGCUUACGUAUCCAUGACUAUUUAUAUUUCCAAGUGCUGAGUCCUGGGGACAUUCGAUACAUCUUUACAGCCACACCUGCCAAGGACUUCGGUGGUAUCUUUCACACAAGGUAUGAACAAAUUCAUCUUGUCCCUGCUGAACCUCCAGAAGCCUGCGAGGAGCUCAGCAACGGCUUCUUCAUCCAGGACCAGAUUGCUCUGGUGGAGAGGGGGGGCUGCUCCUUCCUCUCCAAGACCCGGGUGGUACAGGAGCAUGGUGGGCGGGCCGUGAUUAUCUCUGACAACGCAGUUGACAAUGACAGCUUCUAUGUGGAGAUGAUCCAGGACAGUACCCAACGCACAGCUGAUAUCCCUGCCCUCUUCCUGCUCGGCAGAGAUGGCUACAUGAUCAGACGCUCCCUGGAACAGCAUGGGCUGCCGUGGGCUAUCAUCUCUAUCCCAGUCAAUGUCACCAGUAUCCCCACCUUUGAGCUGCUGCAACCUCCCUGGACCUUUUGGUAGAAGACCUGAUCCCAGAUUCCAACUAUCCAAGUAACUCUUGGGAAGGGGAUACCCAAAAAUUCUACUGUUUUGAGUUUGGGAAUAACAUCGAAGGACAUGUGGAACCCAGCUGAGGGUGGGAAGCCACACUAGUGGCUUUCCCUUCCCCAGGGCUUCCAAGGAUGUCUCAUGCUACAGAAAGGCAAGAGCUGGAACCCAGGGUUUCUGGAACAAAAGGAGUGCUGAAGGCAGACAACACAAGUCAUCUGUGAACUGUCACCACCUGGUUCAUUCUCCCCCAGCCAAGACCUCAAGCAGUUGCUGGAGUGGUUUAAGGAACUGGUAUCUGGGGACUCAAUAAACCUUCAAUGACUUUUUAGCAAUAAAGCAUUAGGGUUGUAACUGGA